CAGCUGAAAGAGGCCAGAGCCACCGGGACCCUGGGGAGGUCACUCCCCUAGAGAAUGUCUCUGGAUCCAAGAAUCAAACUGGUGGUCACAGGAGAUGACUUUGGUUACUGCCCGCACAGGGAUAAAGGAAUUGUGGACUGUUUCCAUGCAAAGGUUGUAACAAAUGUGUCCCUUAUUAUUAAUGGCAGCUCUGCUGCUAGCGCAGCCAGCCUAGCUCGGAGAUAUAAUAUCCCUAUUGGCUUGCAUGCCAAUCUCUCAGAGGGAUUCCCAGUGUGUGCAGAGCUCAAGCAGAAUUCCUCCUUAAUAAAUUGCCAGGGUUUUUUUCAUGGCAAAAUGGGAAUCAGGAAAAUGUUAUCUCAAGGUCUCCUUAAUAUGUCGGAGGUCAGAAAGGAGCUAUGUGCACAGAUUAAGCUUUUCCUUGAGCUGACUGGGAUGAACCCACAACAUAUGGAUAGCCAUCAACAUGUCCAUGUGCUACCAGGAAUUAGAGAGGUGUUUGCGCAAGUACUAGAGGAACAUAGGAUUCAUUAUACUCGAAUUCCUGUGGAGCUCGGUCUGUACAGAUGUACCUGGAUACCUGACACAUUGAUGGAGUUUUACAAAGGGAUCGAGAAGGAUGCCUUAAAUACGGUCGAGAUUUUUAGGAAGCAUGGAAUUCGGUGGCCUGAUCUCUACAUUGGUUUAAGUACUAUGGGGAAGAACAUGUCCGCAUAUAAUAUACAGGAAGCCAUCAGGUAUGGGGUUUGUUCCUGGCAAAGCACAAUUUCCACACUACCUGACAUCAAUAACAGUGUGAGCAUUGAACUGAUGACCCACCCAGGGUACCCUAGUAGUCCUGAAGAGGGAGGAUGUGGAGAGGGACCGGAUGAUUUCUCCCAGUCUCUAGACCGACUCCAUGAGUUAGAGGUGCUGAAGAGCGCACCAUUGCGGAAUUUUUUUCUAGCAAAUGGAGUGCAGCUGUGCGCAUUCACAGAUUUAUGAUGUUACAACAAAUAUGUAUGGACAUGGUUAGUGUUGCAUUAAACCUACUACUACUUCCAUUAUUCACCAUUGGAGUGUGAUACUUUAAUGGCUGGUCAAUGUUCCAUCACCUUUAAGAAGCUUAAUACAUUUCUUUAUGUAUGUAUAUUUAAAUAAAUGCUGUUUUGUUUAUCACA